GCUGAACACCACAAAUUGACCAAGAAUGUCAUGAGGAUUAAAGAAAUUUGCAGAGCCAUCUUGCCCGGAAUCGCUGCAAGAAACUCUUCAUCCCUCAGGCACUGAGGGGUACUUACCAGGGCAAAAACAUCAGCUCAGAUGCACUGAUGGCCGACUCAACAGCAGGCAUCGAUAAUGCUACCAGGUCAAAUUCCUCUGUCAGCACAUGUCUGCUUUCCUCAAACACCUUGACAACAUUUGCAAUGGUUGCCUAUGCGUUGAUAUGUACAGUUGGAAUCAUUCUCAACAGCCUGGCUUUCUGGGUGUACUUCUGUCACGUUCCAAACAGUAACAGCAUCAUCAUCUACUUAAAGAACCUGGUCAUAGCGGACUUCCUGCUGGUCCUGACACUGCCAAUGAGAAUCGUUGGUGAGAACCAAGUGGGCUCAGCAGUCCUGAGGAAAACCUACUGCAGUUUCACAACAUGCAUCUUCUACUUGAACCUGUACUCGAGCAUUCUCUUCCUGGGAUACAUUGCAGCCACAAGAUAUUUGAAAAUUGUGAAACCGCUCAAAACAUAUGCGUUUCACAAACUCAAGUCCGCAAAAAUUAUUGCUGGCAUAACCUGGGGUGUGCUUCUCAGCCUUGGGUUUUCAUACAUGCUGCUGACACUGAAAAAGUCAUUCCAGAACAGUACAAAUGCCACAGGAACAUGUUUAGACUCCAGAAAAGGUUCAGGUAUUUACUGGCACGUAUGCCUCCACGUGGGUGGCACUGUUCUGUUCCUCUGCGUGCUCACCGGGCUCUGCUUCUUUUACUUUCAAACAGCAAAACGUCUCGACAAAUCCCCAUCUCCAAGUUCACUCAAGAAGCAAGCCAAGGCAAAGAACAACAUCCUAAUCCUUCUCGCCGUCUUCUUGGUGUGUUUCGUACCCUACCACGCUGCGAGGCUUCCUUACAUUUUGACUCAGUUAAAUGUCAUCUCUGGAUGCUUUUGGAAAAAGACACUCUACCACUUGAAAGAAUUGGCCAUUGUGCUAUCAACGCUGAACGCCUGCUUUGACCCAGUGAUCUACUUCCUGUUUUGCAAGGCUUUCAGGUCAAAGUUAGGUCUGGAGAAAACAUCGAAGGACAGCGAUUCACACAACGACCUGUCCUUACACGCUAAAGCAUCACGAACCAUACUCGAUGAACCAUCCAGCAGUCAGUUCAAUGGCCCAAAAAAAUGCAACGUCAAUCUUGAAAAAUCACCUUGAACUUGCAAUAGCUCUAUAUUACUCAAAUUAUGAAGAAAUAGAACAUAGAAAAAUACAGCGCAGUACAGGCCCUUCGGCCCUCGAUGUUGAGUCGAUCCAAGCCCACCUGACCUACACUAGCCCACUUUCCUCCAAAUGUCUAUCAAAUGCCCAUAAAGAGGGAGAGUCCACCACUGUUACUGGCAGGGCAUUCCAUGAACUCACGACUCGCUGAGUAAAGAAUCUACCCCUAACGUCUGUCCUAUAUCUACCACCCCUUAAUUUAAAGCUGUGCCCCCUCGUAAUAUCUGACUCCAUAUGUGGAAAAAGGUUCUCAUGGUCAACUCUAUCUAAACCCCUAAUCAUCUUGUACCCCUCUAUCAAGUCACCCCUAAAUCUUCUUUUCUCCAAAGAAAACAGCCCCAAGUGCCUCAGCCUUUCCUCAUACGAUCUUCCUACCAUACCAGGCAACAUCCUGGUAAACCUCUUCUGCACCCGUUCCAGUGCCUCCACAUCCUUCCUAUAGUAUGGCGACCAAAACUGCACACAAUACUCCAGAUGCGGCCACACCAGAGUCUUAUACAACUGCAACAUGACCUCAGGACUCCAGAACUCAAUUCCUCUACCAAUAAAAGCCAGUAUGCCAUAUGCCUUCCUCACAGCACUAUUUACCUGGGUGGCAACUUUCAGAGAUCUGUGUACAUGGACACCAAGAUCCCUCUGCUCAUCCACACUACCAAGUAUCCGACCAUUAGCCCAGUACUCCAUCUUCUUGUUACUCUUACCAAAGUGAAUGACUUCACACUUAGCGACAUUGAACUCCAUCCAGAAGCGUAAAUAAACAGAAGCAUCUUAAAAGAUGAUGAUAUUAUGGUCUUAGUUGAUGGUACUACUGCAGAAUUCAGAACCAUGAUUGAAACCUGGCCAUACAUAUCAGUUAACAGAGUCCUCAUUCAUUGAAAAAUAGUCACUUGAGGUUGCAGAGUUUCUUAAAUGCCUGUUCUGUUGGUAAUUACACAAAAACCAAAAACAAGAUGUGGAACACAAUUACAGUAAAUGUCUAACAUAUCCGACAAAUCAAAGUUUCAAUCUAUUCCCCA